GACGGAGCAGAGGGCAGAAGACACGAUACGAAUCUCCCGCAGGGACAUCCAUGCUCUUUCUCUUGACUUGUAAAUCUCUGAAGAUUAUGCAGACACCAAACAUGUCAAGUUGAUGGGGCAGGACUUAGGUACAAUGUGCCUAGGCAGACUUUUAGUAUGUAUAGCACUUCAGAUUAAAGAGAUGAAGGGAAAGAAACAGGAGUACAUAUAGCCAUCAAGACAAAGGAUAAGGUUACAGUUUGUUGUGAAGGUUAUAAGGAAAAGCAGAAUGAGCUCAGCAUCAAGGAUAACACUCAAAGAGGAUGAGAGUAUUUUAUAUUAUUACUUGGGAAAGAUAAGAGCCUUCUGGGAAGACAAAGUAUUUUUUACUGAUCAGAGGAAUGUUGCUGUGGUCAGUAUUGAAGAUCUAUACAUUCAUGGCAAGAAAGCAACCCAGGAUGAUGUUGAAGAUUUACAGCAAAAAUUAGAGAAUAGUACUUGGCAUGAUUCUCCAGACUUAUACAGUUAUGUAAAAAUCUACAAAAAUCCACCAGAUUGGCCGUACAACUUCUCUGGAAAGCUUCGAUGGUUAGCAUGGUGUGCAUGGAUAGGUUGCAUUCCAGAGUUAGUUGAAGAAAAAGUUCAGCAACAAAAUGCCAUUUAUAUGCCUCUCAGCUACUACACUGGUAAGCCAUUCAAACAUUUUAAAGAUAAAAUACUGUUUGGUGACUUAAGAAAUAGUGUUAUGGUUCUGAAAGAGAACUUUUAUAUAUAUGGAGAAAGAUGUGAAAAUGACAAUGAAAGUAGUUUGAAUGGCAAUGAUCCUCUUAUUCACUCUUACAUUAUAAAACUGAAUGUAUUGGCAAAAGAGAAAUAUGGAGGACCUGAGCCUCACCUGCCUACAUGGCCUAAGGGCAUUUAUGGUCCAGACACUUGGGUAGCUAUGUUUGCCUGGCAAGGAGAUAUGCCAGAUGUAGUGAGGCAUCAAAUCUCCAGAUUUUGUAUUAUUCGCAUACCUGAGUGGAAAGACUUAGACAGCAUCAUGGGCAUAACUGGUAAAAGAAGUUGUGCAGUCCUGAAUAAUGACAUGAAAUUUUCUCAAGACAAUGAUGAUUAUUUUUCCAAAAUCAGCUCUACUGUCCCUGAGCUAGAGGGUGCAGUUGGAGUCAUUAGAAAGAGUAAAAGACUUUACACCUGUAAUUCUACUGAAUCUAAUGACACUUCUGUGAUAAUACCGAUACAACAGUAUUCUGGACUCAUGAAAGGUUCAUUGAUGAUGGCAGAUCAAGAACAGGGACUUAUGACAAGCUUCGUUGAUGUAAUUGCAUUUACUAAAGAGGAGUUUUACAUCAAUGGAAUAAAAUUUAAAUCUAAUGCAUCCCUUUGUAAUUUCUUCCAAAAUAGAAAGGUUCCAUUGAUAGCUUGGGUGAUGCCAUUGGCAAAAUCCAAGGUGAUAUUCAAUGUCCAUGUUGCAUGGAGGGCAGUCUGUGUAUGGUUUGGGAACACUCCCAAAAAUCUUAACCACUUAAAAAAAAUAUACGAUGAAGGGCAGUUUCAAGAAAACCUCUCCGAGUCCAAUGAAGCCAGCCCAUGUAAGAUAUUAACACAUUUUAUGGGUGGGGUGACAAACUUGUCCUUUGCUUCAGGUGUUCUCCAGUGCAAAGUAACUCCAAAGCUCACAUUGAAAAUAUCCUUCAAAAGGAAAGCUGUAUAUAUGCAUGGAUACCGAUUUCAAUCCAGCUGCAGCCUUUUAGACAGGCAACAAAAUGUUGAGUCAUACGUUUGGUCAGUUCUUGCAUACCCCAUGCCAGACAGCAAAGCAGCAUUUCCACAGUAUUAUGCAGUGGCUCUUUGGCAGUAUCAAUGUCAGUAUUUUAUUAUGAAUGAAUUAUUAUUAAAAGCCACUGAACAAAAUGAAUUGAAUACUGAUUCCUUUGGCUAUCCAUCAACAAGCAGACCUUUUGAUGAAGAAUGGGGAAGACAUAUGUCUGGUUGGAUAAUUAAGGUCAAGCAUGAGUAUGGCAUCAUUCAGAGUGGUAGCAUUCAAGUUGAGGCAACCUAUUUGUAUUUUAAGAAGUCUGUGUUAUAUGUAGAUGGUGAGAUUGUGUCAAAGAGUGUACCCUUGAAUAUAACAGACAAAUGUUGCCAGUGUAAUAUGUAUACAAAACCUAUAAUUCCAAUCCUUUUAGAUGGACUUACUAUAACUAUGGAAGCAACACUUGUGUGGAUUGGAAAGAAACCUUUAGAUGUACUAAAACCAUCUGCAAGAGCAGAUGAUCGAGGAAAUAACCUUGCUGUGUCUGCCUCUUCAGACAAAGUAACAGGAGGCAUAAAUAAUGGAGAGGCUACUCCUAAUGAAUAUGUAGGGGAGCGAGUCAAUGGCUACCUCCUUAUGGCUGAUGAAACCAAAGGCCUUAUGACAUCCUCUGGAAAAAUUAUCUGUUUCAUCAGUGAAAACUUUUAUAUUUAUGGGGAGAAAUUCAGUAGGAGAGGGCAGUUUUUAUGUGAGUAUCUACAUGAUGAGAAAAUUAAUAUUAAAGCUUGGAUAUUACCUCUGGAAAAAUCAAAAGUAAUUUUGAAUUGUAUUGUCAGAUAUCAGGCACUUUGUGCAUGGAUUGGACAGGAGCCUGAUGACUUGUCAGCAGCACACCUCAAGCAAAAAGGACUUAAACAUGAAUGUUUUCCACUGACACACAUGUCUUCUGAUGAAGUAGGGCUAUCCUAUUACACAGGGAAAAUUAUAAAAAGGAGCUUAUCAUCAGGUGUAAUUACUUGCACCAAUGCAGAAGAGCCUGUAAAAGCAAUUUUUUUUAACCAGAUACUGUAUAUAAAAGGAGAAAAGUUGAAAAAUGAAAGCACUGAACCCAGGGAAAACAUGUCCAAACUCUCCUCUUUUCCGUGGUGUUUGCUUGCAUACACUAUCCCACCAAGAGAUUUCUUGGGUGAGAAGGUAAAUGCUUGUGCAGUGGCUGUAUGGCAGCAUGAAAACCAAUACCAAAUUUGUGCAGAACUAAGAGAUAUUACUGAAGUAUUCUCAAAAUCUCAAUCUCAUAGUACAGACCAAAAAGUGGAAGUCAUCAAUCAGAUGGCUAAGCUCUCACUAGCCAAGACUGAUUCUCAGUCUUCAGUAUCAAGAGAGGACCAAGAAUCUUCAUUUGAAGGGAUGCAUAUAACUGGGAAAAUUAUUAAAAGAACUGAAGCCUGUGGACUCAUUCAGUGGUAUAACAUACAAGCCGGUGGCAGUGUAUUUGUGAAAUUUGCUGCUAAUGAUAUUUAUGUUGACUUAUGUCCCAUGAGCAAAAGUUUCAACUUAGAAAACAUUCAGAUGAGGUUAGGAAAUUUUUAUGUGGUCCCAAUCCAACAUCAAACAGUCUGUGGCCACAUGGUUAGCCUUUUAGCAACUUGUGGAUGGAUUGGACAAAGGCCAUCCUUUAUACCCUCACCAGGAAAACAAAAAUGCCCCAGAAUAAGCAUGAAUGAGAUUCAUGUAACUAAAGAGAGGCCUGUCACAGAAAGCAGUUCUCUUACAAAUGGACAUGGCAUGCAACAAAGCAGUAAAGACUUUGCAGAAGUUCUGUCAAGCAUACCAGGUACUCAGUCAAGAAACAGUGCCAAGCAAGGAAUUACUUCUGGUUUAUCAAACUUAACUUUGUCCACAUUUGGCAAAAUCCCUAACAGCACAAAGGCAGUCUUUGGAAAAUUUCAAGAACUUGGGAUUAAAAUGGCAGGAACUGUUACAAGUGAAGGAGAUGAAGAUGAUACAGUUUGGGAUGAUGAAUUUUUGAGACAAGGCCUUCUAAACGGUCAUAUAAUUGAGCUGCACUCAAAUGUAGGAAGAUUAAAGGGAACUGAUGGAAGUCAGCUGUAUUUUUCUCGAGAUAAUUGCUUCCUUUAUGGUGUCACCUUAAGAAAUGUGGAGCUAUGGCAUGUUCUUGUGCAAGGCAAGGAAGUGACUUACAAGCUGGAGACAGACACAACCAAGGUUCAGUCUGUGUGGGUUGGGGCUCGGAAGGUGAAGAACAAGCAGAAAGCUUUGGAAAACAUCUGCCAGUGGUGCACUAACAACUUGGUGCCUGAUGGGACAACAGCUCUAUUGGUAAGAUUAUACAACUUAAGAAGAAAUAAUGUGCUGAACGUUUUAAAACUCGGACACACAAACACACACACACACAAACACACACACACACAA